UCCUAGAACUAUUUGUUUUUCUUAUCACAAAAGAGAGGAAAGUAUUUCCCAUUAGAAGCCACCUUCUCAUCCCUUCAAACCCAACUCCACAAGCUCCCCACCACCACACGCACACACACACUAUAUGAGACUCUACCAUCUUCCCCUUAGUUUUAUUUUUAUUUACCCUUGAUUUUACACAAAUCAAAUGAACCAAAGCUUUGAGCUUGUACUCUCUCAUUACCACUGAUUCAAUUGUCAUCACUGAAACAGGAAAAAAUGGCAACGACAAAGAAUAGUGUUGUACCUUCAAAAGCAACUUCAACUGCUACUUUUCCCUCCUCAUGCAUUAUUAUUAAUAUAUAAUGGGGACAUGAACAUGGUAAGCAUUCUCCAAUCACUGCCAUGGUGGAUCUUAAUCAAGAGCAAACUGCAUCACCCACUGGCGCUGACAUGUCUGCCAAGAAGAAGGAACUUCUCUCCACUGCCAUGAAGAGGACUAGUGAAUGGAUUUUUUCACAGGAGAUUCCGAGCGACGUCACUGUCCAUAUUGGUGCAGCUUCCUUUUCAUUGCACAAGUUUCCAUUAGUCUCCAAAUGUGGAUACAUAAGAAAAAUGGUAACCAAAUCGAGCGAUAUCAAUCUUUCCACCAUUGAUCUCCCACACAUUCCGGGUGGUGCAGAAGCAUUCGAACUUGCUGCGAAAUUCUGCUACGGAAUCAACUUCGAAAUAAGUACAGAAAACAUCGCCACGCUCCGAUGCGUGGCAGAACAUCUCGAGAUGACAGAGGACUAUGCAGUCAGUAACCUCGUGGGAAGAACCGAGGCCUACUUGAACGAAGUGGCCCUUAAAAGCCUCGCAGGCGCAAUUUCCAUUUUGCAUAGCUCUGAAAACCUUUUUCCAACAGCAGAGGAAACAAAAUUAGUGAGUCGGUGCAUAGACGCGAUCGCUUAUAUAACCUGCAGGGACAGCCAAUUUUGUGCCGUAAACCGAGCAGAAAGUGGCACCGAGCACCUAAAAUCAGUUGUCGAUUGGUGGGCUGACAAUUUAACAGUUCUGCGAAUCGAUAUCUUCCAUAGGGUUCUGAUUGCAAUGAUGGCAAGAGGGUUUAAACAGUAUGCGCUCGGUCCAAUACUAAUGUUGUAUGCACAAAAAUCACUUCGCGGAUUGGAAAUGUUUGGCACGGGGAGGAAGAAAAUUGAGCCGCGACAAGAACAUGAAAAACGGGUUGUUUUGGAAACAAUAGUUAGCCUUCUGCCGAGGGAGAAUAAUUCAAUGUCGGUUAGCUUUCUGUCGAUGCUGCUUCGGGCUGCCAUCUACCUCGAGACAACGAUUGCCUGCAGGCUUGACUUGGAGAAGAGAAUGGGGAGGCAGCUAGGACAGGCUGUUCUUGAUGAUCUUUUGAUCCCUUUGUUUACGUUUACUGAGGACACGCUUUUCGAUGUGGAUACGGUGCAGAGGAUUAUGAUGAAUUUCUUCGAAUACGAAAUGGAGGGGAAUAGAUUAGGUUACAUUGCUGAUGAGGAUUUUGUGUCGCUUUCUCCGCCCUUGAGUGACAUGGAAAGGGUUGGGAAGUUGAUGGAAAACUAUAUUGCUGAAAUAGCUUCUGAUCGGAAUUUAACCGUGUUGCGGUUUAUUAGUCUUGCUGAACUCAUACCGGAACAAUCGAGGUUGACAGAGGAUGGGACGUAUAGAGCCAUUGAUAUUUACUUGAAGGCUCAUCCCGCUUUGAGUGACAUGGAAAGGAAGAAAGUCUGUAGCUUAAUGGACUGCCAGAAGCUAUCGCGAGAGGCCUGCGCUCACGCUGCUCAGAAUGACCGCCUCCCAGUCCAAACUGUGGUUCAAGUGCUCUUCUACGAGCAACAGCGCCUUCGCGAGGCCAUGGAUAGUGGCAGCCUCACAAGUGGUCUAGAAUCCCCUGCUCUUCCCCCCAAACUCAACUUGUACACCACCGAUCAUAUUCGCCCAUUGAAAAGAGAAAAUCAGGAACUCAAAUUCGAGCUAGUGAAAAUGAAAAUGAAAUUGAAAGAAAUGGAGAAGCCAACAGAUAGUCCAUCUCCGAGCGAUUUGUCAGCUUCUGAUAAGCCUUCCAUGCCUCGAAAAUCAUUUAUAGGCACGGUGUCUAGAAAACUGGGGCGUUUGUAUCCAUUUCUGCGUGGCGAUGGAUUUAUUACUCCGAAGGGCCAGAGCAAACCUAGCAGAGAUCGGCGGCAUUCCAUAUCUUAAUACACUUGUGAAGAGUGUAUAUAUGACGUUUUUAUUGCAUUUGUUGUUUUAAGGUUUGAGAGAGGAGGGUGUUCUAUGUUGUGUGCUUUGUUUCUGUUGUGAUAUUUUCCGUGAUGAUUAUAUGGUGUCAAUAAUUAAUUAUUCAGAAUCACAAAUCCGAACUGACCCGAUCUAACGUGGAUGUGAUUAUAUUAUAGGAUUAUUGAAUGUGAUAUCAUGUGAUUGGUGUACUUUUGUUCGAUUAGAAUGAGAUAAAGAAAAGUACAAGAUUUUG